UCUCGAGCCAGUGUCCGUCAUAGACCACGCCACCAUCAUACCGGGAAAUCGUAGUUGUUUAUUAGAUAAAGUACAGAGCUGCUGCAUUAUCAUUAUCAUUAUCGUUACUAUUAUUAUACUUUUUAUUUUUGUUAUUAGUAGUACCUAUAAUACCUAUAUUAUCGUUGUGGUCCAUGUUCUAAAUAUUAUUACUGUCAGUUCCUCCGGACAGUUCAGUCGACGUCUACAAAAAUUCGAACGGUGGGCCGUUUUCAACUCUAAUACCGUCGUCGUCACAGACAGAACUUCUAGAGAUACGCUGUAAUAUUAAAAUAUUAAGGAAUUCUGAGAAAAAAACAUUAGCCGAUCUGCUUGCAAAACAUGAACUCCGCACUACCAAACCGAGCGUUCAGAAUAUUAAUUUUUGUGACAUGGGCGCAUAGAGUUGUGUGGUGUCAAUAUUUCGGUGAGCAGAUAGGGGACGGACGUGGUCAUAACGAAGAACAUCAUGAAGAUCAUCACGUGAAACCGUUGUACAAGUACGGGUAUUGGGUGCACGAUCCCAAAACCAAGGAUGUCAAGAGCCACUGGGAACACCGGGACGGGGACACUGUGCACGGAUCGUACUCGUUUCUUCAACCGGACGGGCACAUGCGAGUGGUCGAGUACACGGCCGACAAGCACAACGGAUUCAACGCUCACGUCAAGUACAUGUACGAAGGACACGGAGAGAGUAGCGACGGAGGUGGCGGGGAUGGGGGUGGAUUCGGGGGUAGUGGUGGUGGAUUUGGGGGAGGCGGCGGAGGCGGCGGCGGCGGCGGUGGCUUCGACUUUCAUUUAGAGGACGCGUCGGGAAAACAAUCGGCGCAUAUCGGAGGUAGAGGUGGCGGAGCGAGUGGCCGAUCGAAGCAGCCGUUGCAAAAGUUCUACAAGAAACCGCGGACGGAAAAACAAGGCGGCCAACCGGGCCAAUACAAGAAGCCCCUUCAGUUCGACAGCCGUCCGAAAUCGGUCAGUGGCUACAAGAAACAGCGGCUGUCGCCGGUGGGCGCGGAACAGUCGGCCGAACACCACGUCGGCGGCGGCAGACCCAACGGCCAUUUCGAUCAGUUGCCCAAGUUCGGAGCGCCCGGACAUUAUCACGCCAAUCCGCUGAGCGGCGGCGGCAGCGGUGGCGGUAGCCCCGAACGUUAUCACGCGAAUCAGCUGAGCGCGGGCGGCGGAAGUCCCGAACGUUAUCAGGCGAACCAUUUGGGCGGCAACAGUCCGUUCGGGUAUCUUGCCGAGGACCAGGGCGCCGAACAACCGGCCGAACACUUCUCCCGCAAGUAUUCGUCACCGGCGACGGCCGACACGUCCGCUUAUCUGACCGGCAUCCAACACCUUUCGUCCGAACACGACCCGGUGGUGCACCGUCAGCCGGACGUCGCGCCCGCAGCGUCGACGGAACGCCAGCACCACAGGAGUUCGUCUGAGGAACGACAGCAACAGGUGCCGGGCUCAGAGCUGGAGCCGCCGCGACUGCCACAGGAGGACGGGCUCGACGAAAGGCCUCGCGACGACGGCAACGCACCGGUGCAGUACGACGACGACGAAGACAACCGUUCGCGCGAACGAGACGACGGGGACUACCGAGAAGAUCACGCGGCCGAUUCCGCAGACGAAGCACCGAUAACCGUACAAAAGCAACCGUUACGAGAAUACCGUUUCGAGGAGCCGUAUCCGUUCGAAAUUCCCGAAAACGUGCGGAUCUCCGGCAAAUACCAAAAGAGACACUCGCCGCAGCCCUCGCUAGUAGACUCGCACCGGUAUACGGCCGCAUCGUCGUACUUCCCCAGCUGGUACCGCGGCAGCAGCGACCUGAACGAACACUACCAUUAGAAGAGACACGAUGACUGCGGGGAGAAUUCGGGGCCGAGUUCCGACUCAACGCCGGACGACUAUUUACCAGCAUUAGCAUUAGUAUCACAGUUGCGAUUUGUUAUGUUAUUUGUUAUUAUUGUUAAACCGUUUUAGUUUAAUAUAUACCGAUAUUUCCGCGGCGAGAACUGCGUAUAUGGGGUAUAAUUGUCUAAACGUAUAAUAUGACUUAUUGUUAUACACGCAUGGAGGUACAGUCGAAUACAAUUAUAAUGUAUCGUCUUCGUCGAAUCGAUCAGAUUACAUGUUUCAUAUUCGAUACAGACUGUUAUUAUUUUUGUACAGACGCAUGUGUUCGGCGUUUAGCUACAAAUUACAAAUAAACCACGGUUACCAUA